UCAAGCCGGCUUGUCGGUAACCGGAACGCUUCGCAGACACGCGAGCACAUCCGUUUCCCCCUCUAUCACCCCCCGAGCUUUGGAAAACGAAGCAACAGGACGAAGUUGACCCGGAGCAACUCAGUCGGUUUCUUUCCUUCCACGAACAAUCAUUGAAACAUUUCAUUAAUUACUCAUCAGAUAACUCGCGUUAAUGAUAAAAGUGUCAUCUGUCAACGAGUUUGAUCCUCUAUGAAUAUAUUCGUUUGAAAAUGGAGCGAUUCGUCGAUGGGAUGAAAAAAAGUUGAAAAUUCGAGGAAAAGUGAAGGAUGUAAUAAGAAGAAAGGGGUAGAAAAGCUAGCCGCAUGUGUUACUACUGCUUUUCCCUGUUCCCAAGAAGUGUUUGAUGUUGUCAGUCAAGGGAGGGAAGAGCGAGGUGAAGAACAAAUAAAGAACAACUGUAUCACGAAGAGAGACUGUGUAUUCGUAUUUGUUUAUUUCGUUGGAAUAUCAGUGAAGCCGGGCGCGCGUCAGUUUCUCUGCUUGUGGGACAAAGAGAACAUCAACGGAACAGCCGUGAGACGGACAGAAAGGUCGACGCACCUGUUUUGUUUUCGUUCGUUCGUUCGACGUUGAUAACAGCUCCAGCUGGUUAGUUACAAGUGUCGUCGAAACAUUAAUUAGAGGAGUGUUGUGAUGAAGCAGUUCUGGUGAUACUCGAGAGAGGAACGAAUCGAUGAGGGAUCGACGAUCGAUCCGUGGAAGUUAGGAAGCUGAAGGAAUCCGGUAACCUGCUACCUUCGACAUGAGCAUCGCGUGUCACGGCUUGCACAGAUAUUCUCCAAACACCACCGUGGCUCCGGACUAAAAUUAAUUUCAACAUCAAAUUAACUACGAAUCAAGCAAAUUAAAAUAUUUUAUCAAGAAGAAGAAAGAAAAAAAGAUAUCGAAAGAAAUAGAAGAACAUAGAUGAUAAAUGGUGAUACGUCAUCGAUGUUGAAUUCCUGUUUCUUUGAUAAAGAAUCAUUGUCGAAGAGGAUCGAAAGGUGUGAAAGCAGCGGAUAUGUAAAUUUGAAGAAUCGAGGGGAGGUUAGACGGGAUUGGCCCUCGUCAUAAAGCAGAAUCAAGCGGGUAGGAUCGAUUAGAUGCGGGAUCUUCGUAGUUGUGGUGGUUCGAUAACGCCGCGGGACACAUGCCGAGAAUGUCAAUCUACUGUCACAAAUUAUGGAGACGGGUCGGUCGAGGGGUAACGACGAGCGCUUGAGGUCUGAAUCGUGGGUCCAGGAAUCAAGAGAAGAUUCCCAUGCACGGCUCGUAUCUCGCAGGAAUCCCAUGGUCGAGAGGAGUAAGGGAGCAUGAGGUAGCCGUCGACAAGGGGGGCGCUUCGGAUGCUCCGGACUGCCGACUAGGCUCGUAUGGAGGGGAAGAACGCAAUCACCACCGAAGGCACCCUGCUUCUGAACCUGACCACUAUCGCCACGCAAGACGACGACGACUUCCUGCGAACAUUUCCGGGCAAGAACUCGCCCUACACGGCCACCCAGGCAAUACUAAUCGCCCUGGUGCUUGGCAGCAUCAUCGUCGGGACAGUGAUCGGCAACAUUCUGGUCUGCGUCGCCGUGUUUCUCGUUAGGAAGCUACGAAGGCCUUGCAACUAUCUGCUGGUUAGCCUUGCAGUUAGCGAUCUCUGUGUCGCCCUUCUGGUAAUGCCGAUGGCGUUGCUGUACGAGAUCUCUGGUAAUUGGUCCUUCGGUGCAUUUAUGUGCGACUUUUGGGUUAGCUUCGACGUGCUCAGCUGCACCGCCAGCAUCCUCAAUCUCUGCAUGAUCUCCGUUGAUCGUUUCUGCGCUAUCACAAAGCCACUGAAAUAUGGGGUGAAAAGAACACCUCGACGGAUGAUCAUCUACGUGAGCCUCGUUUGGUUAGGAGCAGCCUGUAUCAGUCUCCCCCCGUUGUUGAUAAUGGGAAACGAGCAUACUUACUCGGAGACUGGGGCAUCUCAUUGUGUAGUCUGCCAGAAUUUCUUUUAUCAAAUCUACGCUACGCUCGGCAGCUUCUACAUUCCUUUGUUCGUGAUGAUUCAGGUGUAUUACAAGAUAUUCUGUGCCGCGCGUAAAAUAGUCCUGGAGGAAAGAAGAGCUCAAAGUCACCUGGAGGCUCAUUGCUACCUGGACAUAGAGCCGACGGCGCAGCACCAUCAGCCGUCCGUUGUAAACCGUCAAUUAAAUUCUGACGUUCAGGGGGUUCAUGGAAGUCCACCUGUGAUGCAACACCGAAGUUCGAGCACCUCCACCACGUGCAGCGGCCACGCGGUGCGUUGUUUCGCCGGUGGUCCCCGGAAGAGCAACGAAUCCCAGUGCCCGAUGCUCCAGAAACUCGAGAAGCCGAUCCUCUCCUCGUCCACGACUACCACGCCGCAAAUCACGUCGACGAAAUCGACGAUCGUAAGGAACCAUCUGAACAGUACCUGCAGCGUGACGAAUUCACCUCAUCAGAAGAAGCUCAGGUUUCAUUUAGCGAAGGAAAGAAAAGCAAGCACAACUUUGGGCAUCAUAAUGAGCGCGUUCAUCGUCUGUUGGCUACCAUUUUUCGUAUUGGCCUUGGUCAGGCCGUUUCUAAAUAAUCCCGAUGCGAUUCCAGCGUUUUUAUCCAGCCUGUUCCUAUGGCUUGGCUAUUGCAACAGUCUGUUAAACCCCAUCAUCUACGCCACCCUGAACAGGGACUUCCGGAAGCCGUUUCGCGAGAUCCUCUACUUCCGUUGCAGCAAUCUGAACCACAUGAUGCGGGAGGAGUUCUACCAGAGCCAGUACGGUGAUCCGAUAAACAAUUACGAGAUCAAAGCUGGCGAGAUGGACGGCGCUGAACGCCUUGACAAUCAGGGCAUCGAGGCGAUCGACGUCGCCGCGAACGCCCCUAACGAAAGCUUCCUAUGAUCCUCGGGAGACUCGUUCCUUGAUCGUCGAAUCGAGUACGGUAGCCUCGAGACGGCCUUGGACCGGCCGUGAUCGAUGCGCAACAACGAUCGGUCGAUCUUUCAACGAGAAUAUUGUUCAGAAUAUUGUAUGGGAGCUAGCAGGAGACAAAUGCUUUUGGUCUGCAGCUGGACGAUGAAGAACGAAGGUGCAAGUCAUCCGUGAAAAACUUACGGCGAUUAAGCUUGCUGAAGAAAAAGUAUUUUCUCCUGGACCUGAUAGAAGACUUACAGUAGUAGAGGUAAAUUGCAGGAUGUUUUUGGUGGUGGAAGAUAAUCGAAAGUAGUUGAAAUUAUUUAUUAUGAACAAUAUGGAAGCUCUAUGUCUUGAAUUAUGUGUCGAGGACCAGUUUCUUAAUUGCAAUAACGACCUGGUCCCUCGCGUAGCCAGCUCAUGAAACCCUUUCUAAACUUUGUGAUUAAAGAAAAAUGGUGGUUAUUUCGAUGAAAACGAUGGGAACUAUUCUUUGAAUUGGUUGGAUAGAAUCUCUCUUAGGAUUUCAGAGGACAUCUGGAUAUAAAAAGUUGAAGAGCUUCGAUGAUUAAAAGUACAUUCUACGCUUGAUGUGUCCAGUUGUAUAAACGAUUUUAUGGAAACAUAUGAUCUGUAAUGUUGUACAGAAGAUCAAAUAAUCUGUGUAGUGUCGCGUUGAUAAUCUUGAACGGUGUGUAACUAGCAAACAACAGAGGUAUCUUGAAAAUAGAGACUCUUUCGAUUUAAAUGUGAGAAGCGUGUUUACCAGUGCACUCGAUUCUGACAAUUCUCUUCUUCAGUAUUUUUCAUAAAUAAUUGAAGACGCGUGCGUUCUAGCGACGGUUAUUAUAAUAAUAUUAAUUACACGAUACUUGUUUCGAAAGAAGAAAAAAUUAAUGGAGGUAGAUUUUCUUAAUAUUUCCUAAGGUAUUAAAUAAUUUUGUAAUAUUAAUUUUCGACAUUUAUUAACAUUUUAUUUAUUUAGCUUGAAACAGUAUUAGAAAGAAAAUGUAAGAGUACACCAAAUGAAAAUUAUUGAUAUUAAAUAACAGUUCCAUACUUUUGGAAAAGAGGAGUAGCAAAAGAAAUCACGAUGGAAAGCAAUUUUUAAAAUGGCAAAGGAGAAAAUCGUAACUUACGAUGGAAGGAACUCGAACAAAUAACGUGUACCAGUGGGAAAUGUCAAUUGGAAAGUCGAAUCACCGGUUGGAAAAUUACUCGUAACACACGAGUACAAUAAAACCAUCGAAAUCUUUGGUUUCUUGCAUCUCCAGAGUGUAAUUACGAGAAGUGUAUUUCCUAUUUGAAUCGCCGUUUGUCCAAAAUUUGUAGGACACAGAAAUCUUUACAUCAGAUAAUAUAAGCAGUAAGACAGUGUUCAUAGAAGGUUUUCUGUUACAUUUUUUUUUUUAAUGUUAUAAAGCACUUCAUUUUCUUUAACUAAUCGAUUACAUUAAUUUAAUGUGUCAGCCACUAACACGGCAGUGAACGUGUUAAAUGGUAACUUGUCUUUGACAACAUCUAGCCAUUCAGAAGACAAAUUGAUCAACUCGUUGCAACGAGGGGUAGAGAGAAUUGAUGAUGUUAGAAACUGUGGAAUAACUUGUCCCGAUAUUUCCACCUCUUCUAGAAACUUUGUUAUCUCCCUACGGAGAAAUUUCCAUGGGAGAAAUUGUUUUUGCUGCCUCGAAAACGAAGGUAGUGUAACGAAGGCAGGAUAACAAAGUGAAGCGAGAAAAUCGAAGGAUCUCAAUGGAACGCGAAUAAAUAAGAAAAAUUAGAGAGUUGGCUUUUCAAAAACGAUUGGAACGUGCAAGAAAAUAUUUAAAAUAAUGUUCAAGGGCAUACUUCCCUCUAUUUAUGGACGGUAUGUUAGAAAAAUAAUUAAUUUUAUUAUGUGGAUAUAAAUAUUUAUUUGUAACAAUUUUCAAUUCUUUUUGUGGAUUUAAUUGAAAUUUUAUACUGAAAGGAAAACUGAUAUCUGUAAUCAGUGAAAAGAAACAGGUUGGCAAUAGAAUUUUAAUGCCUAACAAUAAGCUGAGCAUUAAAGGACAAGAAACUGUAAUACUCUGAUAAACGAAGUUCCAUCAAAGCAAAGCAAACAAUUUUCCUCGUUCGAAGCUGGAUUACCGCUACGAAGUGGAAAAAACUUUUCUCUCGCGAUUACGUUCGCUGACGAGGAAAAGGGAUAAGAAGUAGCUGUCCGAUACGAUACGUCGAUCCCCGUCAGAGAAUCGUGAUUGUAUCGAAUUUAGAAUGCUUUCGUAUAGAGAGGAAUGGAGAAAGUGGCACGAGGAAAACGUAAAAUCCUGUACCUAUAUUGCAUGAUCGAUACAGAGUGCAUCGAGGAAAAACCAAUGCGAAACUCAAUGUGAAACCUCUGUUACACAUAGACCAAGAGAAAACUAAUAGAUAACAAGCUACUAGUUAUCAUUUCAAUCAUUUCACUGAAUUGUUGCUCAAAAAGGUGAGAAUUCUACGAAUUUCAUUUUCCAAUCGUCAGAAAAUUAGAUCGUGGAAAAGUCUGUAAAAGAAAUUCAAUUUUCAAAUUUCUUUCAUGGUAGUCUUAAAGGAAGCAAACUCUUACAAAUUAACAACUAAUGAAGUCAUGUUACUAACAGGCCAUAAAUAACGUGUUGCCUUCUUCAGAAGUAGUGCAACAUGCCUUGACCACAUGCGAAACAAAACAAACAUGAUCGAUCCAUUAUAGUUACACUGUGUAAGUUCCUUAGAGAAAUAAUUGAGAUUCUCGUGGUUUGUUUUAUGUGGUUUCCUUUGUGGCCCUUUAGUGAAAUUUUGCACGAUGGAAAUAAUUGUUUAAUGUCUAUUUUCAAUUCAUAAACCUUGAUAAUUUUAGGCGAAUUUUCUUAUAGACACUUUCAAAAAUAUUACUAUUAUAAAGAAAGAAGAUAAAAGUGAAGGUCGCAACGCAUGCAGUAGGAUUUGUUUAAAUUUGAAUAGGCGGUCACUGGUAGACUCGUGAUAUUACCAAAUAUUAUGAAUAAAUAUUCCGUAAAUAAUAAAUAAUCGUGCAUGGUGCUAACAAAGAGAAUCAUUCCAAAUAACGGCGAUAAAUUAAUGGGAGAAAGUGAUGUGAUUACAGCUGAGAGAACUGAAAACGUACUUUAACUCGAGUCGAAAGUUUUGUAGAAAUAAUUUCUGACAGUAUUAUCAUAAUUAAAUGAUAUUUUCAUAUGCGGCUAUGUUGGCUCUUGAAUAUUUUAACAUAAAUGAUGUUUGCUGUAUUUUACUUGUACGAUAUUUAUUUAUUCUACACACUGCGUUAAUUAUAGUAUUAAUAUUUCGUUCCAAAAAGUGGAAUCAUUUGUACAGAUCCAUCUGCUUUCAUACUGCAAAAUAUAUAGUCACUCGCGAAAGUCUUCGUACAUUUUAUAACAUUAAUUAAAACCGACAAUAAGAUAUGUAAUCUUUUCAAAUAGCUUUUCCUUCCAUCUCAAUCUCCAGGUUUAAAUUUUACAGAAUAUGUUUGAAGUUAUUCAGAAAGAAAUAUAAUAAAUGAAGAAGGUCUUGUAAGUGCAUUAGGAAAAGAAAAUGAAUAGUUUCAUUAAAAAGACACUUGGUAAAUUAUAGGUAGGUAUACAUUAAUGUACGGACACUUUUGUGAAAUGCAUAAUUCGUUUAUUUUUUUAUUCAUGCGUUACAUAUUUCAUUAUAAAAUAAUUAUUAUUGCCUAAUAUGUGUUAAUAAAUACAUAUGUUAUUACAUCAAAUUAUUGCUGUAAAACGUUUUGUUUCGUUCCGAUACAAUUGCGACAAAAAUAAUACAAAGGAUAUUGUAAUUUUUAUUUAUUUGUUACCAAUGACAAUCUUUUCGUUAUACAAAAUGUUUGUAUUGAUCGCCAAAGUCUAUUAAAUAAGAAUCGUUACUGAUUUAUAAUGAAACUAGCGAUUUAUCAAUGGCUAUUUACGGAUAGUCAUCAUUAUCCAUUAUUGAUAAAUAGCUGGUAAUGCUAGCUAUAUAGUUGACAAAUUAUGAAUAAUAUAAAAUUCUGACUCUAUUUGUAGAUACUAUUUAUCGCUGAAGCUCGUUUAUUGUUAUUUAUAACUCUGAUAUAUGUUAAUGACUACUAAAAAAUUCGAAAAAGAAAGAUAGAAACCACUAUAUAAUUGGCAGUAUUUCAAUAUAAUUUUCAAACCAUCACUUUCAUAUUAAUUUUAGAAAGAUCAUUGUUGCAAACAAAGUAUUAUAUUUUGCUUAGUCGAAGCUAAAACUACUUUAAGAUAAUCCUGCUUAAACACCGUGAAGACCGAAGUCCUUUACAUGAAACUUUACUCCCAUUAAUAUACUAUUAUAAUGUUAUGUAAUAAAAUUUUGCUACAAAAA